AUGGCACUCACAGACAAGUGGCGAACAGAGUGGGACAGGGAGCUUCGCCUGCUCCCCCAAGUUGAAUCCAUUGCAGACCACGACCUGCAGAUAACCGAAGAUAUAUUUUUCAUAUGGCAGUUCUUAAAGAUGUACCACUCCUCCAUGCCGCACGUUCGGAACCUCAUCGAUUUCAUAACAAUUAAAAAACCCGAAUCACUCAUAUGGGGCGAGCACAUUGACGACUACAUGUUAAGGGGAAUAGAAAAAGGGCAAAAAUUAUUUAAUUUGUUUGUAUCAGAUGGAAAAAGAAUACAGCCCAGAUAUUCCAAGAAGAAAUUAUGCGAUACGUUGCUGUAUUUUCGCCUUAAGAAUUACAUAAUUUUGGAGAAAAUAAAUACUGGGUCCGUUGGACAGGUUCACUUGGCUUUGGACAAAAGCACAGAUACCCUCGUGGCGGCCAAGGCCAUAGACAAAGCCACCGUACAAGGUGAUGAAGAACUCUUUCAAAAAUUGAAGGAGGAGAUCAGCAUUUCCUGCAGAAUGAACCAUCCAUGUGUUGUAAAAACAACCAACGUCCUUGAGACGAGGGAUAAAAUUAUUCAAAUUAUGGAGUACUGUGAUGGAGGGGACCUCAUAUCCUACGUUAGAAAUAAGCUUCACCUAGAGGAAAUCAGCGCGCAGUACUUCUUUCGAAAAAUCGUCCAAGGUCUCCAGUACAUGCACCGAAACAACGUAUCCCACAGAGACUUAAAGCCAGAAAAUAUCUUCUUAUGCAAAAGACAACUAAAUCAAAGAGAAAAAACGUUAAUACGAAUAGGGAAGUUACCAUCAUGCUCCGAAUACGAAUUGAAGAUAGGGGACUUUGGAGCCUGUUGUGUUAAUGAAGAAAAUAAAUUACAUCACGACAUAGUAGGAACCUUAAGCUAUGCUGCACCGGAAGUCUUAGGGUGUAAUACAACCUGUGGUUAUAGCAGUCAAAAGGCAGAUAUAUGGAGUCUCGGAAUUAUCCUCUAUGCAAUGUUAUUCGGAUUACUCCCUUUUGAUAACGAAGGGAAAAAUCUUAAAGACGCUUACAACUCAAUUAUAAAAAAUAAAAUUGUCUUCCCAAAAAAUAGGGUCAAUAAAAUUUCUAUGAAUGCUCGAAAUUUGCUCUCUGGCAUGCUCACCAUCAAUCCAGAAAAUCGCCUAUCCCUUGAUGAAGUAGUAAACCAUGAAUGGCUAGCUGAUAGGGGGAAAACCAAGUUGGAGGUAUCUCAUGUGCACAAGAAAAUGAAUUUCCCCAUUUCAUCCACCGUCGCUUGUCCAGUUGGCAGUGCUAAAAACGACAUGGACUUUGAAACUUUUAAAAAAUUGUUUCUAAUAAAAAGGGAAAAUGGUCCUUCGGUUACAAAGCUUCGUGUACCCGGGGUUGUAGCAAAAGCUGUUCCGAGGGCAUCUCAAAAUGUUAUACCUAGUGGUACGCAAAACACGCUGAUAAUGAACAUAGUUCCAAGCGCUGUGCAAAACGUCGUGUCUGGUAUAGUGCCUCAUGGAAUUUCAUGUGCCUCUCCUUUCGGAGCUCCCUUCGCUAAUCCAUACGAAAGUGUGCCACCCAAGGAAAACGACCACGCAGACGCAUCCUUACGUAGCCCUAACGAGAAGGGCCAAGCGUGUCAUCUUCAAGGAAGCAACUCGCUCUUGCAGAGGACCGACCCCCACCACCUGAGGCAAAAGCAAAACAUAAUCCAAAACAUAAAUAAAAAAAUAAACCAAAACGUAAACCAAAAGGUAAGUCAAAGUCAUAGUCAGUUUUACCUGUACGACGAUAAGGGGGUUUUGAACAGUCGUCUGAACUACCCCAAUGGUGAACGCAACAACAUGGAGAACCCCAUUCACGCACAGGUUCUUUUUGCACAGAAAAAGAACCAAGGGGAAAAAUUAGAUAGAUAUUCCUUAAACCGAAAGAGUGAAGAGGGAGUAAAAUCCCUUAUGGAAAAAAGCCCAAAAGAUACAAAUGAUGGUAACGAUAAAAUGAAUGUGUGCACACAAAAGGGAAUUACAAAUCACCGCAAGCAUGAUCAAAAUAACUACUACGUGGAGAAAACAUAUUUCAAAAAUAAUAUUCUAGACAAUGCAUAUGAGGAUGAAAAGAAUAACAAUCAGAGUAGUAGCGUUAACCUAUACGAUAGUAAGCAACUGCCGUUAGAACAUGUAGAAGAAAAUAAACUUAAGUUGAUGGACCAAGUGAACAAAACCCCCCAUUUAUGUUCAAAGACAAACAAUACAUACGAUUUGUAUUUUAACCAAAACAACAUUUACAGAAACCAAAGCAACAAUAUAUUUCUUCUAUCAUGUAAAGAAAACCUCAUAGGGAAAAAUAAUCUAUAUAAUAAUUUGUAUCUAUUCAAAGGGGCAAACGAUUUUAACGUAACCACCAGUGGGAGGUCUACUCUGUUAAGGCAUUACGACCAGUAUAAGCUUAGUACAAGUAGGGAAUACGACACAAGUUGGAAAUUCAAAUAUGCUUCCAACGUGAGUGACGGAAGAGAAUCCGCCAACACCAUUACCUCGAAUUGCACAAACGCCACUCCUAGUCAUCAUAGCGCAGUAGGUAUAGACAAAAUGAAUGUCACACCCAAUGAAGCAUUAUUUUAUGAUCAUCCUAAUUAUAACCAUCAUGUACGGUACAAAUAUUAUUACUAUGAUGAUAAGGGAAUGUAUGUAGGUUGUUUAAGCAACCAAGCCAGUGGACGUACUUGCGCCUCUUCCUGUGUGUUACUUGAAAAUCAAGUGAACUGUGCAGGAAAUAAUGCUGAUUACACCAAGGAAUGGACAUAUAGAAGGGGAGUAUCCGAAUAUGUUGAAACGGGCACGUCGAGUAACAAUAGUAAUAAUAACAAUACAUCCUCAUCUGACCGUAAGAGGGAAGACGUUUUUCUUAAACAUGCAGAGGGGGAAGGCUACACAAAGUUGGCUGGCCACGAAUGGGAUAAAGACGCUGCAGGUGCUCUUUUUGCCGAUUCUGAAAAUAGGGCAAAUUUGAUGGGAAAACAGACGGGGGGAGCAAGCAAAGAGAGAAAUAAUCUAGCCAAUGGACAUGUACAUGGAUAUCCACGUGUGCUGCAGCAAGUGACAAGAGACCCACAGGUAGGUGCUCAGAUGGGUGAACAGACCAGUCGAGGAAUCACCCACACGAUCCCCAUAAGGGACACCCUCAUCACGGACAGUAAUCCUAUAAGGGAUACCCCCGUCACAGAGGGAAGCAUCACAUGUAAGGUGAAAACAUCUACGAACAAGGAUUCAGAACUCCAAUUACGCCCUACCCUCUCCAGAAAGAAGGACACUUGUAUUAUUCUUAAAAAGGAAGGAAUAGCCCCCAAUGGAAAUAAACAAUCCUCCCUUAUCAAAUCUCAACACGCAACAAAAAUUGUUUCUAUUGGUGAAUGUACCUCUGAGGAAGUAAACGUGGGGCACAUGAAAAUAAACGAAGUCAAAAGCAAGCCGAAGGAGAAUCAUCAAAAGGAAAACAAAUUUACCCUCAACCUAUUCAUCCAGAAGGGGAAAAUUAACGAAUGCACAAAUAUGGAUAGAGCACAAGAGGAAAAUAUUUCAUCAAGGGAUUACACUGAAGAGAAAGAUGACAGGGAGGAAUUCCUUCCUUGUGUGGGGAGUGCCCCAGUGCAUAUUUACACAUGCAACUUGCAAAAGACGAAAUUGGAUAAUAACGUAGAUGAAGAAGUACAUGAUUCCAUCCAACAAGCUGAACAGAAAACAGAAAAGGACAAUCGCAGAGGAAUACACAAAGGGGAUAAUAAUUCCCCCACAAACUUUUUCUCACUUCUACCGGUGAAGGAUGAAAAUAAAAAUCUAACUAGCCAAGAAGGGAGUAACACAUCAGGAGAAAAACACACCGAAGGAGAUUGUAUAAACACCAUAGAACGAGACCAUAGCGAUGGAAGUGAAACCAAGAUGAAGAAGAAGAAAAAAAAAAAAAUUGUCAGCAUCAAUAAUCCAAGUAAAGAAAUCCAACGACGUCAAUCCAAAAGUGACUCAAGCGGUGAUGAUAAGCAGAUAAACCACGUGGACAAGAGGAAAUAUAUAACUGAGAGUAGUAGAAAGAACAACCGCAGCUGUAAUGGUGGACAGAAAAAUACAUGUGGAGAGAGCUACACCAACAGUGGCACAAGGAGCAAUCACCACGCCACUGACACUGCAGAGGUGGAUGCGCGUAAUAGAUCGAGUAAAAAUGAGAAAAAAAAAAACAAAGUGGACAAGAGAAGGGAAAGGGUAAAUGAAAAUGCUAUAGAAAAAUGCGGCAUCCUUAACUUACCCAAACGGAACAGGCAUGGAAAGGAAAAGACAGAUGCGGCAGAAUUCCGACGCAUCCCCAACACAGAGAGGACAACAUAUGGCCACCUGGAGGAGGAAAAAGAGUUAUGCAAAAACGAGGAAGGAAAGAAACUAAGAGAUAACAAAAUAUUUAAUGAAGAACAUAUACAUGGAAUGAACAAAUUUUUGUUGUUAAAAAAAUUGUACUACUCGAACGAUAGAGACCUCCAUGUUCUGCCAAACUGUGAGAACCAACAUGAAAAGAAACACUACAUAAAUUUUGAGAAAAUAUUUCCUCACAGGAAAAGGAAAACGAAUAGAACCCACAUCCCCCCUUUAAGGUACUAUAAAAAAAGUAACUUAUGCUUUAGUAAAAGGGUGAAAAAAGACAAGAAGCAACGACACGAGGAAAGAGAGAAGGUCGUAAAGAACCAAGUGGAUGUAGGCCAGAAAACACAGAGCCACAAAGGUAAGAAUGAUAUAAUAAAUAUUAGGCACUUCAAGGAAUGGUACUACACCAACGGAUACGGACAAAAUGAAUUAACCACGAAGGAGAAUUGUCCAUCCAAGAAGAAGGUUCCGAUUUAUGAUCAUGUGUUACCAUAUGAUGAAGAACGGGUAAGUGACAAGGAAUGUGAUUAUUUUUCCUCCAACAAAAUUGAGUAUAUCAAAUGUGCUAGUAGGGGUAGCAUCCACCAGGAUAACCACCAUGCAUACAGUUCCAAUCAUGACAACCAUGAGAUGAGCGAAACGAACAGGGGGGCAUCGAACCCGCUUAGUGAUGGACACGUGGUUAGCACAAACAAAUCUAGUACUAACUGCAGUGAGAAGGAACACACAAUUUGGUGCAUCAAAAAGGAGAGUCAAAAUUAUGUUAGCAAAGAUGAAAAGGGGAUAAGCUACCCUACUGUUGGAUUCAAAACCAAUGUAAGGAAAUGCUCCCUUUCACAUGAACCAAAUUUAUCUAACGGAAAUGGAAAUGAAAAUAUUUUGCUUGGGAAGAAUGGCUUGUCUAGCCAAAUGAGACCCUUUGAUAUGUCUUCAAAGUAUCCUCCCCAAGUGAAACCUACCUUUAGCCUUGCCAGUUACUAUAACGAAAAAGGGGUAAACGACAUGGGUGAGAUAAAAUUCAAAAGUAAGGAUACAGAAAAUCUAAAUGAAUGGGGGGAUAAUCCUAUGCAACCGCAGAACAAUUUAAAAGAGACCGCUGAUGGGUACUGCGAAAAAAGACGAACAUACAAUAUGAGCGACAUCAGAAGGCGCAAACGCAUCUCGAAUUUGGAAGGCUACAUAUUUCACCACUCCCCGAUUGACCAUUCGAUAAGAAUGCAUGGAAGUGAAGGUAACGAAGAGACCCUCACGGAAAGCUCCCCUUCUAAUGGACAGAAGAAUGGGAAAGGAUAUCCCCCUGAAGAAGUAGAAUCCUCCAACGUCAGUACCAGCCAUAACAAUGACAGUUAUGAUGGAUGCAGAAGGAACGGUCAGGGAAUAAGCACCAAAACCGAAAUGUCAAACGCUGUCCUGCCAUCAGACGCUACAAAUAACUCACACAUUGUGAAGGAUGGAAUUAAAAGGAAAGAUUACACCUCCUUGUAUGACGACGUGAAGAAAUCUUAUUCCAUCAUCCAAAAUGUGAGCUAUAAAGAUGAGCUGAAGAAAGGAGAAAUGAAAAAUAAAAGGAGAGAAAGGAUCAUAACACCAUGGAAUGCCAAAAAUAACAUCGAAGGGAAUGAUGAAAGAGAACAGGGUAAACAGAUUCGAGUAAAGGGGGCCUCGCCAAAGGAGCAUUUUGACCCCAAGAAGAGCAAGGAUAAAAACGAGCAGGCUAAAAACACAACUAUGAAAAUAUCACAAAAUAAUAAUUGCCCAAGGAGGAGGGGUAAGAGACCUUCAGAGGAAGACGAACAAGACCAAAGUGCAAAAGGUACGGGAACAAAAUUCACUCCCUUUACAUUUAAGAAGGGUCCUGCUUUGGAGAAUUCGCCAAGUAACAACUCGCCAAGUAACAACUGGUCAAGUAAGCAUUCGCCGGGUAAUACUCAAAAUAGUAACGAGGUGGAAAUUCCUACAGAGUUAAAUAGAGACAUGUCUGAAGGAAACCUGGACGGAGGAGAUAAAUCCCCAACACGUGGCAAUAGCGCCAAUAGAAAGAACACCCACUUGUUAGUAAAGGGUGAAAGAACAGACCCGCACGUGGACACGCAACACAUCUACAUGAUGAAUGCAAAUUUAAAAAAACAAAAACCACAAAGAGAAAAGGAAAAAAAUGAAAAGGAAAAAAGUGAAAACAACUUACAAGGGAGUGAACAUAGUGGACCUACCGAAAGAGAAACCACCCCACAUGAACACACAUCGAAUAAUACAAAUGAAGAGCUAGAUAAAAAGAAAAAAGAAACAACCCUUAAGGAAAGCACAACUGAAAGAAGUAAACACUUAGCAAGUUGGAACAUCUGGAAUGUACAAAAAAAUGAUACCAUUAAUUUUAUACAGCAACAGGAAAAUUAUCUAUCCCAUAAUAGAAGCUACGAUUUGAAAAGUGCUCGGAGUAAUUUAUUUAGUAUGCCCUAUGAUGAAAAUGUAAGAGGAGAUUACACACAUGGCGACUUGCUAGUGAACCCAAAACACAUAGCAUCUAUCAAUGAUUCUAAAUCGAAUGAAAAUGAUGAAAAGAAGAAAAUGAUGUACUACUACAAUUUGGAUAACACUGAAGCCAACAUGGAUUUUCUUAAUAAUCUCUUGUUUUAUUCAUCACAAAUUAAUCCAUAUAGGCAUUACAAAAAUAGGUACCUUUCAAAGAAGAGCUCCCUCACUGAGGGGGUUAAAUUAAACAACUACAAACAGAGUAGUGGUAAUAAGAGGACUGAGAAAAGGAGUGACCACCAAAAUGAACCCCCGAUAGCAGACCACAAUUUGAAGAACUACCUGAAUUUAAACAAAACUUCCAUUCAGAACUUUGAAAAAAUGAAAAGAAAUUAUAUCCGUGAACAAAAUUAUGCGAACAAAUUCCGAACGAAAAUGGAUGACCAAAGGGAAGGAAAUUCCUUGUAUCCCAAAAUAAGGUGGAUGAACAUUUUUAGCAGAAAUUCAAGCAAGUACUAG